AAUUACGACUGCCUUUAGAGAUGUAAGACAUAGUAAAGCCACAAAACGACUUCAGUGAACACUAGACAAAAUGGCAAAAGGGCGAAAAUUUGUUCCAUCGAAGGAAAAAGAAGGAACCUGGGUAAGUUUAUGGCGGAAGACUUAAAAUGAACAUCGCAUCACGCAGACGCCGGCCACGGUUCAUCAGAUGAAUGACUUUUAAGUUAGAAAAUAUAGCUUGAUCGCAUUGAUAGAUAAGAACAAGGUACUUUUUUAACAGGUGGCUAUGAGCUCUGGAUCAGUGUGAAGAAAGAUUUAAGUGGCAAUUGUGGGCAAAAUAUUUCGGCGCAUUUAUUUUGUGAGACCGGCGAAGAAACCUUUGUGAGACUUCUUCUGUGUGAUACCCUAAACAUGGUUAAUGUUUGCCAACUUCUUACGGUGAUAAUCAACAGGAGAAGUGACUUUUCUGCGUAGGUUGGAAAAACAUAUGUUUCUUAAAGCAUUAUAUUUUUUCUUGAAUCAGUCCAAGUAACGAUUUGCAUACUAAUUCAAAGCUCAAUUACGAAAACAAAAUCCUGUUCACCCGUCAAAUUAUUGAAACAAAAGUCAGCCAAAAGUUUUUGUUUUCUAAAAAUGCAGGGAACACAAUGUGUACAAUAGGGCAGAUGUUUUGUCUUAAACUAACAAAAACAGCUUAAACAAACUAAAAGCAUAUGUUCAAGUCUCCAGUACAAAAAAUGGCAAAGAGUUAGGUUUAAAUGAACAUAUUUAUUUAUUUUCUUCUUUCUUAACUUUGGCCACGGGGGAAAAAAGAGAUUCACUCGACACCCAGAAUUUAACUAAGAAAAAUGCGGGAUGACUCCUUUCGUUUACAAAGAAUGGAUGUCUGGAACUUCAAUAACAGAGUACCCUGUUUGGAAAAAUCGGCCGUCGGUUUUACUAGAUAUGGCUAGCUAUGAACAAAAUUGAUGUCUUUAAACCUAAAACGUUGCAAAGGAAUUCCUUAAAAUGAAAUCUGACGAAUUUCAAGUAACUGAAUCAAUGGGUCAGUAUACUGCUUAUGAGUUACUGACUGGUUCAGCUAUAACGACGUUCGCUCAUUUUAAAACUAAACCGCUCCUUUGAACUGACAUGUUAGAUGACGCUAUAUUUAUCGUUGAUUCCAUAUUUAGAGACUCUCCUAGCCAGAAAAUAAUUAACAAUUAUUCCUCGAGCCCGAAUGGGCUCUGAGUAAAUAGCCCAUGAGGCUGAACGUCUCAUCGGCUAUUGACUCAGAGGCCAUGAGUAAAAUCCAACUAGUUGGUCAAAAAUAUCGAGACAAAACAACUUUAGUUAGCAAAACGCGAUUCAGUUGCCAUUGUUUUGGUUUACAAAGCCGGCGCUUUUCGCUACUAAUGGUUAUAACAUAUAACCUAGUAGUAGCUCAACCGAUCAGAAAGCAGCAUUGAUAAUAGACCACUAGUUGGAUUUUACUAAAGAGAUAUAGCCUGAGAAAACAGCCCACAUUUGGCGACGCUAACACUGGUUUUCCCCGCAAGGAAACCAGUGGUAACGUCGCCAAAUGUCGGCUGUUUUCUCAGGCUAAAAGAGGUAGGGAUUAAACGAGUUAAAACAUAAAAGAGUAGGUGGAAAACUAUUCUUUAGUGCUUUUAAAGAAAAUCCAGAAACGAAAAAAUUUGAUUUAGGUAAAUCUUCAAUGAUAGGCCAAAGGAAUUUAACACUAUCGCAUUUGAACCCUCUCAGAGAAUUUUCGCGCGGCGCGGAAAUUGGACCGCACGGCUUCGUGUGAACAGCGUCUUACUCUCUUUACUAUUACUCCUUUCAGCACUCUGAUCAAAUAGGGCUCUAGCUUUCUUGAUAUAAAGAGGUUGACUAGUUUCUAGGCUCGCUCGGAAGUGAAAUGCUCGCUGUUCAAUUUUUUCUGCUCACAUCUGUUUGCGUCGUCCAUACGAUCUGAACGCCUGGAACAGGCCAAGGCUCUUGCGGCUACACCCCGUCAUUCUCGUGGUGACACGAAACGCUCCAGCCAUGGCAUGNCGGCGCGGAAAUUGGACCGCACGGCUUCGUGUGAACAGCGUCUUACUCUCUUUACUAUUACUCCUUUCAGCACUCUGAUCAAAUAGGGCUCUAGCUUUCUUGAUAUAAAGAGGUUGACUAGUUUCUAGGCUAAACUAUUUUUCGCUCGGAAGUGAAAUGCUCGCUGUUCAAUUUUUUCUGCUCACAUCUGUUUGCGUCGUCCAUACGAUCUGAACGCCUGGAACAGGCCAAGGCUCUUGUGGCUACACCCCGUCAUUCUCGUGGUGACACGAAACGCUCCAGCCAUGGCAUGGCAUUACGUUAAGAGAUAGUAAACGUGGCAUAAAGCCCAUAUGCGAAAGUUGCCAAUUUUUCUCCGCGGCAAGUGCUUUUUGGUUCACGUGUUCCGAACGAGCCAUAUCCGCUCGUCUCGGAUGGUCUCGGAUAGGUAACCGAAAUGCAUUGACCGACAAGGCCUGUGAAGACGCCGUACUAGGAAAACUCGAACGCACAAGUUUGCAACAGCCUUACCCAGACAUACUUUUUAUGUAGAGCAUGUUAUCCUUCUGCAAACUCUAGAAAUUUUUGUUAACUUUAUUGCAUUGCAGUUUUGCACACGUGGCUGGCCUAGGAGGCUUGAUGACAAGAAACCGUCAGAAAAACACGUAGCUUCGCCACCUAAGCGAUUUGAAGCAAAACACGAGGUAUAUAAAAACAGUAACUGGUAGAAGAAGGGCGGCACUGACACAAUAACCAGCUUAAAAAGUAGAAAUGUCCGAAUCAGUUUUCCAGUUAAGAGGAAGAAUGAAACCUACUCUAAAUACGAUUCACGUACUUUAUUACCAGAAAUACGUGAAUAGCAGGACUUCGCAGAGCACUAGGGGGCAGCGGCAACAAGUUGGAAGGAAGGGAAACUGAAGGCAGUAGGGAAGAAAAUUUAUGAAUUAUAAAAAACGUUUUGCUAUAUAAAGGAACAAAACAAACCUACAAUAACUAAAAAAACUAAACGAAAAGAAAAAAAGUAAAGGAGAGAAAAACAAAAACAUGUUUCGCCCGCAUCGAACUCACGACUUCCUACGCGCCGGGCCAUUUUUGUUUUGUUUUGUUUUUAAUUUCUAAAGUGCUCAAUUUGAGCUUUAUUAUAUACAAAUAUGGUAAAUUAUACUAGAGCUGUGUUCUUUUACAUGAGGUUCUAUUCGUUCAAAGCGUUAAAAGUGUUCUUUAGAGUAAUUCGAGGUAUAUUAUGGUUCGCAAACAGGGGCACCCAACAGAAAAUUUUGAGAAAAAGACCUUAAAACAACAACAAAGCAUGAAUCCAUUUUAAGCAUUUUGGAAGAUUGCUGGAAAAAAAUUUAUCUGUUCCUCACUCCGAACAAGACUAUUGGAAGAGUUCCCAGCCAGCAAGGUGCACCUACAACCUGCGACCUGACUUACUGGGAAGUUUCACAGGCAGACGUAUGUCCGGUUUGAGUGUGGUCUUAGGGCAAAAUUCAGCCCUCCAGUAGGGGGAAGGGGGGUCGAUAGGAAAUUGGGUGUCGCCUAAGGGCAAAAUUUACCCCUUCAUUGGGGGCAGAGGUUUCUAUCACAUACCCGCUUUUCUAGACUCUAGACAUCAAAUCCCCUCAAACACCCUGGAUUGUCUAUUUCCCAGCAACACCUUCCUUCCAAGGACAUAUUAUUUUUUCCAAAUUUCCCAGCCAGCAAAAAAUUGGCUGAAGAACAGAUAUUUUGAGAAACAAAUCCAAUGGGUGCCCCUGCGCAGACUUAGAAGGUUACAAGUACUCCAUUAGUGAAUUUGGCAAAGGCCUUGCCUAUGCACCAGUCGGAAGGGAAAAUAGUACAUGGUGUGCCGGAGUUUGGCAAGUUUGAAUUGAUAUGUUAUGUGCGCCUGAACAGCCGAUUUAAAAAUAAUCAUAGGGUCAGUGAUAUCGUAGGCGAUAUUCGGAAGCGGAUUUGUAAAUUGCAUAACGAGCUAACGUCAUGGCCCAGUUUAGUAUUGAUACAGUGCAGUUACUUAGCUGAUCGUUCUUGGUUCUUAUAUAGCCAAAGAGCUGUGGAUGGGGAGUGACUGGAGCUUGGUUUUGACUGAUUUCAUUGAUCUAUGUAUCAAUAGCGGUCCAGAAAGAACGUAGAUUAGGGCAGUCAAGAAGAAGGUGUUCAAUUAUUUCAAUUUUUCCACAAUGUGGGCAAUUUUUCAUGUAAUGUCGCAGUGUUUAUUGUGUAAGAGAGGGGUUUAGAUCCAGAAGUUAGUGUUAAAGGCCGGUUAAGGGCGAGGAGCGGUUGUCAGUGUUGUAGCUCUGAAACAAUGGGCGGCGACAGAUGUAUAGGAGGUCCAGAUAAAUAGGGCAGGUGUUGUAGCGGUCUAGGUUAAGCCUGCGGUGUAUAGUUGGGCGGUUGCUGGAGUGGAGAAUUGGAGGUCAGGCGUGUUGUUGACAGGAGCGGUGUGGAGAAGAAUAAGAUAUUUCCACGGCUGAGGUAGAGCUUACAAGAUCUGUUGGAAUUCAUAAUUGUGUAGUGCGACCUAGUAGGUGAGGGUCUGUGUCUUCAGAGUUGUAUAGCCGCGUGGAUUACCGGGGGUGGUAGGAUUCUAGGGAUAGCCGAAUAUAGCAGAGGGAGGUCCGCACAAUGCACCUUAAUGUCACUCUGAAUGACGUGAAGGCGGACACGAAACUCGAUAGACUUAUAGCAAAAGGACGAUCAACUUGGCUUGCCAUUCUCGUAGGAGUCACGGGCGUUGCAAAUUCCGACAAAAUUAUAAACUCGCUUUCCCGAGGAAACAACACGGCGACAAAACAAAGAAAUACUUUAAUGGUAAAUGUAAUGAUAAAAUAAACCUCUUACUCCACAGGUUCCAUUCAAGAGAUUCUCGUUUUCAACCCACGACAAUAGACACACAUUUCAAGACCAAGGGGAGUAUUUUGGAAAUGUAAGUACAGCUGAGUACUAGGUGAAAUACGCAGCGGUACGUUUCGUUAAACUAGCGUCAACCAGUUCUAUAGCUUGUUCAGGAUGGCUAAAUAUGUGGGAUGAGUUUGAUGUUUGCUUCUCUCUCUUGCUCCGAGAAGUUUUUCUCCAGGUACUCCGGUUUUCCCCUCUCCUCAAAAACCAACACUUCCACUCGAUCUGUAAAAGAGUUCUUAACAUGGCUGCAUCACGGUUGUACAGUUCAUUUUGUUAAUAUUACGACGCUUCCUUAUGGGCUAUGAAACGUAACGUAAACGAAGAUCAAAAAAUACUUGCAAACGACACAAUUACAGCUGCUUGCCCAACAAAUAUACUUCCCAAUUAUACCAACGUUACUAACAACAAGAAUGAACUUUGAAAAACUGUUAGACUUGAACUGACAAGUUUUUAAAAACCCACAGUUUCAAUCCGUUUUAAUCAUCUUCAAGUUUGUCCAUCUGGGCCUACUUUUGUCUUAGCUGUGUUAUUUAAACCUUCUUUUAUUCAUUUUCUUUUGAGCGAUUAUUUUUCAACUACUGUUAUAGAAUUUUGUUCAAAUUCGUGUCACAGUUUAGUGCUUACGGUACAACUCUAAUUUUUUCAAAAAUUUUCUCGUCAAAGUAAUUGAAAAUCUCAGUAAAUCUUAUUUGGUUGUUUGUUUGGUAUGCCUGAUGUCUGUACUUUAUGAAAUUUUUUUCAGGGUCUUGGCCGACGAACGUUUCCUGACCGUUGUCAGCACUACUCUAACAACCUGAUCACAUGGAAUUUACCUAACGACGCCCGAUCGUGCUACAUGGCCUCAUAUCAGGGUCCCCAAGGGGCAGAUAACAGCCAGUAUAGACGAUUCCCUAGGGUUCACCCAGACGCUAAGCCUGGAUCAGCUCCGUUAGAAACAACAACGACCAAAUGGUUUCAGCGACCGGAUGUUCCUUACAAGACACCUCUACACGUCCUUGCUAUCACGCAAGAGCCCUUCUUGUCUCCAAACAAGUGGGCAUAUUCGUACCGGCCAAUAUGGUACUAGACGAACUGAUAUUUAUUGCUUUCUUUGAAUAUUUAUAAGGAUUAAAGUUGCGAUUUUCAGUAGCUCUGUUUUUAUGAAGGAAAAAAUAUUUCAAUUUAGCUACAAAUUCUUGGCUUGGAUGAGAGGAGUCUCGUGAUUUAUCUAGAUCUUCGAUCUUGUUUUAGUCUUUUUUCCAAGUGUGUGUGUAAUUUUUACAAAGAAAAUGUUUUAUAUAUUUAAUAGGAUUUGCCACUAUCGCCCAAUCAAACAAGAAACCAGGUCAGAAUUUGAACAAGAAACGUUUGAAGUUAUUUAUAAGUUUUUAAAGCUGUUUCAUUUUUUGUGAAUACCACCGUUAAAAAUAAUAAAAAGAAAUGAAAUUAAAAAGUCAAAAUAAUUUUUAGGAAGGUUACUUUUGAGUCCUUCAUGAAUGAGCGGUGCACUGAGCCCCAGUUUAAGGCCUCUAUCCAAAGACAUUGAUCAAAC